AUGGAAUUUGUUGAAGACUCGCUAACACACUCAAAGGAUCUCAUCCAUCAGUCUUUGGAAUGGUUUACCAAGGCUUCUUUCUCUGUAAAAUUCGCCCUCGUUGUGACUGGGACUGUCGUAAUAUCUUAUGCUGCAUAUGACGGGUGGUAUUCCACGAGCAUUCGAAGGGUGAACAGUCGUGUGAGUCUGAUGGGAAAGACCGUGCUUAUAACAGGUGCUAAUGCUGGUAUUGGUCGAGAGACUGCUAUUGACCUUGCUAGCCGAGGAGCAAGGGUUAUCAUGGGAUGUCGCAACCCGACCAAAGCAAAAGUCGCAGUAGCCGAUGUCCGCAAGAGAUCAUCCAGUGAAAAUGUCAUCUUCAAGCAAAUAGACCUAUCAGACUUGAAUUCAGUCAAAAAGUGCGCAGAGGAAAUUCUGAAAGAAGAGGAGAGACUUGACGUUCUCAUAAACAAUGCAGUCGAUUACUCUGACUGUAGCCCAACUCCAGAAGGUUAUAAUAUUGCCAUGGCAACGAACCACGUGGGACAUUUCUUGCUAACGUUGACCUUGGUCAAUCUAAUCAAGAGGAGCGCCCCAAGUCGGAUCAUCAACGUAUCUUCCUUUGCACACGAUGCCAUCAAGAGCAUUGAUUACACAAAUAUAUCAGGCAAAGGAAUAUCUGGUUUGAACCGCUAUCUUGAAAGUAAAGUGGCAAACAUUCAUUUCACUAUGGUGUUAGCAAAGCGGCUCCGGGGGACUGGUGUCACAGCGUAUUCUUUAAAUCCAGGCGCCAUUUACACGAGCAUCUGGGAGUCCAGUAGAGUUACCGUACGGUCCGGAAUAUUUCGUUUUCUCUACUUGAUGGCAAUGCCCGUUUUAAAGCUAAUAUUGAUGAAUGAGAAGGAUGGCGCCCAAACCACUAUCUACUGUGCUGUUGACGAAUCCAUCACACGAUUUUCGGGUGGAUACUUCACCAACUGCAGUCUGGGAAAGGUGUCUGAAUUAGCUCGAGAUGAACAACUUGCAAAACAACUCUGGGAUAUCACAUGCAAAGAGACUGGCAUUGAUCCUAACAUAUUACUAGAAUAGGUCAGGGGCGGAUCUAGCUUUCUUUCCACGGAGGGUGUUUGACCGAGAAAUUUGACAUGCAAAAAGAAAACAAACAAGAAAGGUUUCACAACAAAAUGAAGGUCAUUUUGGUACCGAGAUAUUUGACAAGCAAAACAGGGAGGUUUCUUCAUUUUAGUACCGAGAAACUUUUUUACUAGCAAAAAAGGGGGUCACUAUAAAAUCCCCCCGCCCCCGGUAGAUCCGCCACUGUAGGUGCCGCGGCCAGGUGGACUUGUCGUUGUUGAUAUCGGUUUGGUGUCUUUAAAACCAUAUGCCACUCCUGUAUAAUGUACAUUUACAUAGAAGUGAAAUUGAAUUCCUUCCAUGUAAGCAACAUAAUUAAUAGGCUUUGGUCAUUUACCAAUUGGGUUGUGGGCUAUGUAUACUAAGAAAUGAAAUAGGUUUAAUUUAAGAAAAACCUUAAGCCAAUUUUGGUUAUGUUUUCUAUUAAGUUUAUUUUUAUUGUAUUUACUAAUCAUCAGCUACGAUUAAGAUUUUAAGAUUCAUAAUUAUAUAUGUUAACUUAAUGUGGUAUGCUUGGAUUUUGUAUAAUUCUUUGCUAUGUACUCAGUAUAGAUAUUUUAUUCACAAUAAAAUGGUAUAUCGCGGGAAGGGUCGCAAAAUGGGAGAAAUAUAUUGAAUUUAAUGAAAUUGCACAAAUAUACUUGUAUGUAAACAUUUUUGUCUCACCUGCGAAGCAGAGUGAGACUAUUAUAGGCCCCGCUUUUCCGACGGCGACGGCGGCGGCGGCGUCAACACCAAAUCUUAACCGAAGGUUAAGUUUUUGAAAUGACAGCAUAACUUAGAAAGUAUGUGGACCUAGUUCAUGAAACUUUGCCAUAAGGUUAAUCAAGUAUUACUGAGCAUCCUGCCUUAGUUUCAGGUCACAUGACUAAGGUCAAAGGUCAUUUAGGGUCAAUGAACUUAGACCAUGUUGGGGGAAUCAAUAUCAAAAUCUUCACCUAAGGUUAAGUUUUUGAAAUGUCAUCAUAACUUAGAAAAUAUAUGGACCUAUAUAGUUCAUGAAACUUGGACAUAAGGUUAAUCAAGUAUUACUGAACAUCCUGCUGGAGUUUCAAAUUUGGGGUAUCUGUUGAAUUACCAUCAUAACUUGGAAAGUUUAUGGAUCUGAUUCAUGAAACUUAGACAUAAAAGUAAUCAAGUAUCACUGAACAUACUGUGCAAGUUUCAGGUCACAUGAUUA